GAAAAAUCAAAACUCAAUAAAUUAAGACUUUGCUUACGUGUAAACAGGAGAAUGUUGCAGUUUGUGAUAAAGUGACUGUUGAUUUAGUAGAUAUAGAUUUAUAUUAGAUUUAAAUAAGUUUUCGACUUCUAGUCGGAUGUCAGUCUACUAGAGUAGUCCGGUUUUUGUUUUCUCGCGACGGCGAGACUAAUCUCUUGUCCAACUGCCCCUCGAGGUUCAUCCGAUCCUCCCAAUCAUCUCGAGGAGUAAUAUCUUCAUUAUCUUUCUUUGUUCGUGAAUUUGGAGCAAUGUUUCGACUGCAUCAGUAAAGGUGUUGUCUGUGAUGGAACUUCCCAGGAGUUGGAUUUGCUCGGAGAACUCUUGAAGCAUACCAUAUGAUAGAUCUGGAGGUUCUCGGCGUUUACGGCUUGGGUUCGAGAUCGUCAGACAGGAGGCAACCACCCAUCGCUCCACGACGGAUCGACGGUGGCUGAUCUAAGGCGGUGAUGUUUGGCGAGAAAAACACGGCAGCGCUCGAUCAACUGAUGCGUGGCUUGAUGAAGCAGAAGACUUCAACACGUGUCAGCAUCUAGGUUUUCUUAAAACUUAGGUUGUAUUUUCAUUGUAGUAAUUGGGCUUCCCUCUGUAGUAGUCCUUUGAACUUUCUUAAUGAAAUAUGGUUGUAAAAAAAAAAAUUGGUAGAAAGACUUAAGAAAUUAAAUUAUUUAAGAUAUUGUUAUAUAGAUUAGAGAAUUCUCCCGAACAAAUAUUAUUUGUUCUGUUUGUGAA